AUGACUGAAUUGAAAGAAUUACGUGAGCGCAAGUUUGAAGACUCGAUCAAACUUUACAGUGCCGUUUUAAAAUUGAUCGAGAAACUAGAAUCCGAGCACGAUGGGUUUGAAAACGUCGAGGAUGUUCAAUCAGCUCUAAGUCUAUUAAAGAAGGAGAUCGAGGGCAAAAUCACAGAAGUUCAAAGGCUGAAUGUGCAGCGGAAAACUUUGAAUGCGAAAAGCUCUGGUAACGAGAAUCGCGAAUCGCAGGCUUUCAAUGGGACUCAGGUCUUUUGCGCUAACAUUUUAAACGCGGUAAGGGCGAAGACAGAUUUGAAACCGGGAAUAUCGCUUUACGAACUGGAGAACAGCGUUUCCAGAGAGCUUAGCCAGUUACUUCAAGGGGUAUCGCUUGUGGACCAGCAAAAAUUCAAGGAGUACGAAUUCAAAAUCGAGCAGCUACACAGGGAAAACAAACAACUGACAAGUCAAAUCAACAAGCUCAAAGAGCGGUGGGACAGCCUAGUUGAAAGUGCACGCCUGAAACGAAACCUACAGCACGAGUGA